AUGGCGGCGGCUCCCAUAUCCAGUUACCUUCCCGUGAAACCAAGAGCGGGCGCCGUCCAGCUCACCCACCGCCACCGCGUCCACGCUUCCCCACUCCCCAAUCCGAUUGCCGCUGUCAGGAGGAGGAGAAGGAAAAGCUCGCUUAGAACGCGCGCGGAGCUCACAGGAAGCUCCUCGCCGGAGGCCGACGCAGAAGGAGCAGCAGCGGCGGCGGCGGCAGCAGCAGCAACCACCGUCUUCCCGGAGGAGCCCACCGGCACGGCGAGUCUCCUCUUUUUUCUGCGCCCAGAUACGGAAAAUUUAUGGAUCAUACGUCGCUAGCAGCAGCAGAGAAAGCGGAGGAAUGUUACGGAACGUUUUUCAUGGUAAUCUGAUCGUCUCCAGGGGGUGGAGAAAUGGGUGGCGGUGCUCAGGAACGCCGCCAAGACGAGGCGGGUGCCGGCGCAGGAGGUUCUCGCCGCGCUAGCAGCCAUUAAGAAGGCCAAAAUUGACUCCUCCGCCUUCCUGGAGACUCUCGGGGGUUCUGAGUCUCCCGGAAGGACAUGGAUGCUCAUCUUCACUGCCCAAGUAAAUCUCCCCCUUCUCUUCCCACCUGUGCUCUCUUCUGAUUCCGAAUUCAUGAUCGCUUCUUCCUCAUCUCAGGGUCGUCUCGAGAAAGGCAGCUACUUCCCGGUUACCGCAGUUCAACGGUUCGACGCCGCGGUGAGCUCCUCCUGAAAGCCUCCCUUUCCCUCUCCAUCUCCCUCUCCCCCAUGGCUGAAUAUCUCGAGCUCCAAGGUCGGUGUUUCCCUUCUGCGAUCGCAUGCAGAUCAUCUUUCUGAAUCAUUAACCCGGCUGUUUCAUCCGAAUAAGAUCCCGCGCAGACAACCCAGGAAGCCCUUGAAUCGAUCGAAAUACCUCCACCAAACCGAUUCCAAUCUCUCCUCCUCUCACAUGGAACCAUCCCAUCUCCGUUGCUCAUCUGGCAGAGAGCUGAGAAUUGAUCGGAGCAGUUGUUCUUCUCCCAUAUUGCAGCUCGAAGGGAUUGAGCAGAGCUGUUAACGGGCAUUUUUACUUUCAGGGAAAGAGGAUAGAGAACGGGGUAUACCUGGGGCCUCUUGGGAGCCUGACCUUCGAAGGGAGGCUCUCAUGGAAGACUAGGAAGCUGGCCUUCAUCUUCGAGACGGUGGGCAUAAAGGUGGGACCUCUCGGCCCCCUGCGGAUAAGCCUGGGGACCAAAAGGGAGAAGGAACCGGACACCAAGGACCCAUUCUUCAUCUGGUUCUACGUCGACGAAGAGAUCGCCGUGGCGCAAGGUAGGGGAGGGGGCACAGCGUUCUGGUGCAGAUGCCGCCGAGUCCCCUAA